AUGGUUUAUUUGAGAGCAUUGACCUUAACAUUGGUCGUCCUAUUGCUUGCGGAAAUUUGCACAUGUACUCCGCUGAACAAGGAAGUUGCAAGCCAGGGGAAGGAGGUUGAACGCGGUAUCGAAGCUUUGGACGAUCCCAUGGACUUAGCACUCACCCCAAGUGAUGUCGAAAAUUCUUCCAACCGGGCCGGUUCUCACAUGAGCCGAGGCAAAAAUGACGAUCCUCUGGGCGUCAAGGAGGCCGGCAAGACGGAUCAGUCCAGCAAGCAGACUGAGCCGAUUAGUGGAAGCUCGGCGUACCAGCAUCUUGUUGCUGUUGCACAGGAAAUCGAACCGGGAUUGAGAAUGCAGCACGAUCAGAAAACUUUGGAAAUGAGGCAAACGGAUUGGUUAUCGAUGAUAGGAAUUUUUGAAUACACUAGAAGUGUGACCAACGGGGCCGUGCCAUCACAUGUUGCCGAUAUGGACUCGAAAACCAGGGAAAGAAUCCUAGGGGAAUUGAACGAUUUUUACGAGCUUAUUGAGACUAUAUAUGGUUGUCAGACAUUACCGACUCCCACCGCCAAACCUGUCGGCCGAGAGCCACUCGACUUUACUCCAAAACCUUCUCUGGAAUUGGAAGAGUACAAGCAAUGGAUUCGGAAGCUAGUCUCAUUCCUCGACACCACCGCAAACUUGGACGGCCCUAACUUCUAUGCUAGGGCCGCUUGGAACAACUGCAUCUUCCAUAUCUUAAGCUAUUUAUACAAAUACCACCUUAUCCCAGCCGAGUUAGAUGAAAGUUUUCAGGGUUACUUGAGGAACCCUGUAUUCUUAAGAUGGCUUGCUAUGGAAUCUCAUGGGAGGUUUUAUUCGGAUAUCAGGUACUGGAGCAAGUUUCACGGCAAUUUAGAAGAAGUUGAGUUCCUCCAAAACCAUCCACUGCUGACAUCUAUUGCGGAAAUUUUCAAUGUGCUUAGAAGAAGAGAACAAGAUUUGUUGGUAUUUUACCGCCUCAAAAUUUUUGUUGAGUCUUUCUAUGGCAGAUUUCUCCCUUAUGAAAGAAUGGACCCCAAGAAGUUACCAAUCCAAGCACAAUGGCAUCUGAACUUCCUAAACAAGAUGGAAAAAAUUGUCUCCAAAGAGCUUCAACUCACUCAAACCCAUUAUGAAGAAGAAUUGGCAGAUGGAUUCCUAGAAGUCAAAGACGAGCUGAUGAACAUGAAGAAUUUUUUGAUUAGACCAGUUGUCAGCCCGGAAUAUCAGGACGAGCAUAUGUUGCAAUUCCUAAGGUUUUCAUUUGACAUCUUAGACUUUGCCCAAAAGAAGUACGGGGCCAAGUUUACCGAACAACUCGGAUUGAAUGACCGCAUGGAUCCGAGCACGUUAGAAUACGAAAAAAGCUUCGAAUUCAUGAAAGCAACCAGAAAACUCCAUGUGUGGAUGGCAAUUGCGACGGGUCACACUUAUUUCGUCUCGACCGGACUCAAGGACGGCCUUAGCAUCCCACCAGAUGCAUGGUCGAGAGCCGAUUUCUUUUGGAACAAAUUGCCACAAUCGGCCAUUGGAUACAAAAAAACCGUAUCCCGCGGAUCCAAAGAAGAUCCUGGAUGGAAAGAGUUAUUUUCAACCAAUCGAUUCUUUGCUCUCAUUGAGGAUGCCUGGGACUCGGAAAUCAUUUCCCAUAUUAAGAUCUAUUGGACUUUCAAAAAAGUUGCAAACAAAAAAAUCGCAGGCGAUGACAAUGAUAAGCUGAGAAUGGGUGAAACCGAUGCGCUGCCGACGGCGUGUAGGAAUGUGGAAGGCCCAGGGGAUUGUGGGUCGCUGCGCUACGCUUUUUCUCAGCGGAAAACCGCUGCCACUUUUGCUUCUGGACGUCUUUAA